AUGAAUGAAUCAAUUACGAUGGAUACGUUUGUCCCUAAACUUUUUCCGUUAUUCUUUGCAUUUGCAUCGUUCGGUACCAUAAAAUCCAGAGCAGACCUUGAAAGCGUGUUUCUUCCUGCAAAUGAACUGUAUGAAAAUGGUACGGUAGUCGAAAAAAUCUUAUAUCGCGAGUAUCCACUGAGAAAAUGCUUCUUUGUCAUCACCUUCACAGCGGUCCGUUGCUUCCAGCAAAAUGAACACAGAGUUAUGUUGAUAUUCUACAAUAACUGGUACGAUAUGAUAGAAGAUAUUGCUGCACACAGACUACAAAAUGGAAUUCUAUUCGACAAAACAAAAAAUAAGAAGCCCAAUGGCAUGGAGUUAUGGAAGGAGUCUUUCGAAUACUACGUAGUUCUACGAGGAAAAGAAAUGAAUUAUUUUACGAGUGAAUUCAGUAUGGAGAAUGGCGAUAUCAGUGUAAAAAUUAAUAAGGAAAAUGUUUUAAUGAAGCAAAGUUUCAAAAAUGGGACCUCCUGGACAGAAGUACUUACUUUUUCCACGAGAUGGGAGCAUUUUUCACUGUUCAGCACAAAUUCCGAUAUGUGUCCGACAGCAAUUACCAAGGUCGACAGGAGUUUUCCAAUUUGGAUACCUGGACGUCCAAUCCCGGUGCAAGGGCAAAAGGAAAAGGUGCCGCCGGAUCCAGCAACGGUGCGAGAUGUCAUCCUUGCAAUACUCUUCAUUAUACUGUAUUACCUGUUUCUCGUAAACAUUGUGCUUCCUUGGUACUUCGAUAAAUGGUUUCCACUGGGUGAGGGACAGGAAGGCUGA